UCACUGGUUUCAGGUUUGAGCAUAAUUGAGAUUGAAUUCCCAGAUGGGUAUCAUUAGAUAUUCUCAUCUCCUUGCCAUACUACUAUCCCUUCUCAUAUCUUUCAUCAUCCCUCAUCAAGCAAAUGGAGAAAAACCCAGAUGUAAUCUUUUCCAAGGGAGUUGGGUUUUCAAUAACCACUCCUAUCCUUUCUAUUAUAACUCAACCUGUCCCUUCAUCACUAAAGAGUUCAACUGCGAGUCUAAUGGUAGACCUGAUCUUCUUUACCUCCAUUACGGAUGGAAGCCUCAUGCUUGCACCUUGCCCAGGUUCGACGGUCAUGAUUUCUUACGGAGAUAUAGAGGCAAAAAAAUAAUGUUUGUGGGGGACUCUCUAAGUUACAACCAGUGGCAAUCUCUCACGUGCAUGCUUCAUGCUACUGUUCCAAACUCUCCUUACUCAUUGGUCCGAAAGGAAUCUCUCUCUAACUUCACAAUUCCGGAUUAUGGAAUUUCAAUUAUGCUCUCCCGUAAUGCGUUUUUGGUGGACCUUGUGAAAGGAAAAGCUGGCCCGGUUCUGAAAGUCAACUCCAUCAAAGGUGGUGAUGCAUGGAAAGGCUUAGACACUCUGAUCUUCAACACCUGGCAUUGGUGGACUUACAAGGGUGCUCUCCAAAAAUGGAAGUAUCUUGAAGCAGGAACAAGAAUAUUUAGAGAUUUUAAUCGCUUAGAGGCUUUUGAAAUGGGCCUGAAAACUUGGGCUCAGUGGGUGGACACCAAUGUAGACCCUUCCAAGACCAAAGUCUUCUUCCAAGGAAUUUCUCCUUCCCACUACAGGGGAAGUGAAUGGGGUGAACCAAAUGUGAAGAACUGUGCUGGACAAACUCAUCCAUUAAAGAACUCACACAAUCUAACAGGGUUUGCUGAGCCAAGGGCUGUGGUGAGGAGUGUGAUAAAGAAAAUGAGGAAGCCUGUGUAUUUGCUGGACAUAACAAUGCUUUCACAAUUGAGAAAAGAUGGACACCCUUCAUAUUACACUGAUGGAUCUCGUUCGGGCAUGGAUUGCACUCACUGGUGUCUUGCAGGUGUUCCUGAUACAUGGAACCAACUCUUAUAUGCUGCUCUAAUCCAAAAAUAAACUACAAAUUCUAUGGCUGCAUUUGGUAACGUUUCUGUUCCAGACGUUCAGUGUCAAAAACGGAAACUUCAGUUUUCUGUGUCAAAAUGCCUUUUUUUUUUUUUUUUA